AUGAAGGUUUUUAUCCUAUUAUUCAGUGUGGCGGGUGCGUAUAUUAUGUACACCGCCAUCGCUGUUCCACUGGAAAAGGAGAAACAAUAUAGUCGGUUCGUUGAAAUUCCCGGAGGUGAUGGGAAAAUGCAUCUAGUUGAUCUGGAAGCCGAACCUGAUUAUGAUGUUUUGGACGAAAUUUCUAGAAACCCAGCAGAUAACCAAUACCUACUGUAUACAAGACGCAAUUCAAGAAUAUCUCAGACGUUGAUUAUCAACAACGCUAAUUCCAUCAGAAAUUCAAACUUUAACGCUAAUGUCCCCACCGUAGUUGUUGUCCACGGCUGGCUUAGCAACCAAAACACCAACAUUAACCCCACAAUUAGAAAUGCCUAUCUCGACAAGAGUGACGUAAAUGUAAUUAUUAUGGAUUGGAGAAGGUUAGCUCUGAGGGAUUACGUGACUGCCGUGAACGGAGUGCCAGCUGUCGGUCGAGGUUUGGGCCAGUUCCUGCAGUUCCUUAAUCAAGUCACUGGAGCACCUUUCACUAGUAUGCACCUUGUUGGGUUCAGUCUUGGUGCCCACGUCGUUGGUAAUGCCGGUAGGCAGCUUGGAGGCAGAGCCGCUAGAGUGACUGGUUUGGACCCAGCCGGUCCCCUAUGGAACGUUAAUUCAAACCGCUUACGUGCGUCUGACGGCAUCUACGUGGAGGCUAUUCACACUGACGGUGGAACUGCGGGUCUUGGGAUCGGUUCCAGAGUCGCUGACGUUGACUUCUUCCCAAAUGGAGGCAGGUCUCAACCCGGUUGCGCUACCAGUCUAUGUAACCACAACCGCGCGUGGGAAUUCUUCGCUUCGACUGUAACACGGAACCAUCUAGAAGGAAGGCAGUGCACUUCCAUGACUCAAGUGACAUACAACACUUGCCGUGGUAGCACUCUACGUAUGGGCAACGAUGACUUGAACAAACGCGGUUCUGGAAUAUACCGAGUGGACACUGCUCGCCGAUAUCCGUUUUAA